UUUUGGGACAACAAUAUGGACGUGGUGGUUUUUUAACAGUAAAAAAUAAAAUACGAAUCCAAAACGUAUUUCGGAUUGUGUAUAUGUCAUGCAUAACACCUUAAGAACAAACACUGGAAGUGUAUAUCGUUGCAACUUUAUUGUUAUUAGCAUUGGAUUUAAGUUGCCUCGAGUUUUCAGAAUGAAGAUACAUUCUGUAUUGAUUAUUGUGGCUGUGACAACGCUAGUCUCGCAUGUCAGCGCCAAUGAAGAUGAUCGCGCACGAAAAUAUUUGGAAGGGUUGAACGGCUACAACAAAAGAGCGGAACACAUUAAUUAUCUUUUCUUCCUGAAGACCUGGGACUUCAACACUAACAUGACUGAAUACAACAAGAAACAAAUGACGGAGGCGAACGUGCAGCGUUCCCAUUUCAACAAAAAAGAAGCAUCAAAAGCAGCGAAGCUCGACAUCAGCGCAAUGACCAACGCCAGUUUGAUACGUCAGAUAAACAAGAUUCUUGAUGUUGGAAUUUCUGGUUAUAAAGACAGUGACGUCCUUCGCAAGAUAGCGGAAAUCGAAGCGAACAUGACCGACAUCUACGGUAAAGCGAAAUGGUGCAAGACUCCCACUGAAUGUCUCCAGCUGGAGCCGGGUUUGACGGAAAUCAUCACGAACAGCCGGAACUACGACGAACUGCGUGACGCCUGGAAGGGUUGGCGUGACGUCAGCGGAAAGAUGAUGCGCAGCAUGUACCAGGAGAUGGUCAUGCUUAUGAACAGGGCUAUCAAGGCGGGAGGAAAGUACGCUGAUAUGGGCACGUACUAUCGUUCUUGGUACGAGGACCCCGAGUUCGAGAAUGACGUCCGUAAACUGUUCGAUCAGUUAGCACCCCUGUAUGACGAGUUGCACGCAUAUGUCCGUCGCAAGCUGAGAACGCAUUAUGGCGCGAAGCACUUCCCUUCAUCCGGCCACAUUCCAGCUCAUCUGUUUGGGGACAUGUGGGCACAGAGCUGGGUCAACAUUUACAAUCUGUUGGAGCCAUACCCAGGAAAGGGAAGUCAAGACCUCACCAAGGCAAUGAUUCAUCAGAAAUACAACGUUACCCAUGUGUUCAGGGUGGCGGAGGAGUUCUUCGUUUCAAUCGGUAUGCAGCCAAUGCCUGACUCGUUCUGGACUAAAUCCAUGCUGGUCAAACCUGAAGGCCGCGAAGUGGUCUGCGGCGGAGAGGCCGUGGAUAUGUUCAACGGAACUGACUUCAGAGUCAGAAUGUGCACGGUCGUGACCGGGGACUCUCUGAGCACCAUUCACCACGAGAUGGGUCACGUGCAGUACUACAUCGAGUACAACCAUCAGCCGUUCCUCUUCCGCAACAUUCCAAACCCGGGAUUCGACGAAGGUGUGGCCGAUAUCGUCAGUCUGUCUUUCUUGACUCCAGAGCAUCUCAAGUUGAUAGGUCUAAUACAGGAACUACCCCGCGGCACAGAGGGUGACAUCAACUUCUUGAUGAAGAUGGCGCUUGAAAAGGUGGCGUUCUUGCCGUUUAGCUACCUCGUUGACCAAUGGCGCUGGAGCGUGUUCCGCGGCGAGACGUCGCCUAGCAACUACAAUAAGGCCUGGUGGGAUCUCAGAUGUAAAUACCAGGGCAUUUCGCCACCAGUUGCUCGGUCUGAACAGGAUUUCGACCCGGGGGCAAAGCUUCACAUCACCGAUAACACGCAAUAUAUAGGUUACUUCGUGAGUUACGUGCUACAAUUCCAGUUUCAACACGCGCUCUGUCAGGUGAUGAACAACACGCGUCCCCUCCACCGGUGCGACAUCUACAAUAGCAAGAUUGCGGGGGACAGACUUAAGGCCGUACUACAGAUGGGGUCCUCUGAACACUGGGGUGAGGCGAUGUUCAAGAUGACGAAGGGGACGAUUGGAGAGACAAGGAAGCUCAGUGCGGCCCCUAUUCUUGCGUACUUUGAGCCGCUCCUGGCAACCAUGAAUGCUGUCAAUGUCUGCGCUUGGUGUCUCAUGUACGCAAUGUGUAUUUCCCAAGUGAAUGCAACCACAACUGAUGUUUCAAGCCCUGCAACUGAGGUUCCAAGCCCAACGACUGAGGUUUCAAGCACAACAACUGAGGUUAACUAUGUGACAACUGAGGUUCCAAGCCCGACGACUGAGGUUUCAAGCACAACAACUGAGGUUAACUAUGUGACAACUGAGGUUCCAAGUCCGACGACUGAGGUUCAAAGCCCGACAACUGAGGCUGCUGAUACCACAACUGACGUUACAAGCACCACAACUGGCGUUACAAGCACCACAGCUGGCGUUCCAAGCACCACAACUGGCGUUCCAAGCACCACAACUGGCGUGCCAAGCACCACAGCUGGCGUUACAAGCACCACAACGGUCUCUCCAGGCACCAUAACUGGCGUUCCAGACACAUUCACUUCGACUGCAAAAGAAACUACAACGGCCAAUGGUUCAACUCAUGUUGCAGUGCAUUCGGUUUGCCUCAGAUUUCUCGUGGCGAUGUGGACGGGAGCUAGUAUUUACGGUGAAGCACAUUGAACAGUCAACCAUGUUUAAAAAUAUUUAAAUACAGUAUCUACAAAAUGACUAUUUAGAAUAUUAUUAAUCUUGCUACGUGUGUGUGAAAUGUCUUUAAAUUAGAAAGUGUUGUAUCUUGUUCAUGUUUGGUUUCUUUGCAUUUUAAACUUGUGUUUUCUUGUGAUUGUAAGAGAGUUUUUGGUGUGUGUUUUUUUUCUUUUUUGU